AAUUUGCGCUCGCCUUGCUUGCCUUUCUUGCAGCUCUUCUACGUGGCGGUUCGCUUGGAUGAGUAGAUGGAUUCUGCUUUUGCAUUUCCUACCGUGAGCUGUGGUGGUAGGAUGAGUUGGGGUAGUGGGUGCUGAAGUGUGUUGCGAGUGCGAGUGCGAGUGCUCAUUUGUUGUUUGAGAAUCGGGUGGGUUUUGUUUUUGCGAAUGGGAGAGAGUCGAGGAUGAUGGUGCGUCGCGUUUGUUUGGGUGAAUUUGAUCACCGUUUGGAUGCAAUUUGAGAGUGGGUGUGGCCGGGGAAUUUGCUUGUGUAAGUUGAGGUACUGUUGGGUUUUUUUUGGACGGAGUGUCAUGGAGCUCUAUGGAACUGAGAAGUGCGAAAGUCUUGCGCGCACGACUACUGCAGGAGAACGCCUAAACGUAGUGGGUCACGGAUACCCUUGACUGAGGCUGGGUACAGAAUAAGAAGAAGACGAGGUGGAGGAUUAUGUUGUUGGCGCACAAGUCGGGAAUGAUGCCGCCUGCUUGCCGAACACCAGGGUUUCUCGGGGAGAAUGGGAGGGGGGGUGAACAUGAGGUGUCUGAUGUUGAUGCGUUGCGGAUGCAGCUAGCUGUCAGCAGUGUGAAGAGCUCUAGCCAAGUCGCGUCCUCCAAGGGCUCAUCCUCCCUCACCUUCGAAGCUCCUGAUAUUGAUGAUGAUGCUGGUUCUUCGGAUAAAGAGAUUCCCAAGGUCCUGUAUGUUCUAGCGGCUGUGCUUGACCGCCUUGUUGCUAGAAACGAACAGUUCUCCAAUGCACCUUCCCAGCAGGGGAAGAAGCUGACAAUUUUCCAUGGGUUAAGAGCACCCAACAUCAGCAUUGCCAAUUACUUGGAGCGUAUCUUCAAGUAUACCAGUUGCAGUCCAUCAUGCUUUGUCGUCGGCUACGUCUUCCUUGAUCGUCUUAUCCAUAGGCAACCCGAUUUGCUCGUCACUUCUCUCAACGUGCACAGGCUACUGGUGACGAGCGUCAUGGUGGCUACCAAAAUGCUGGACGAUGUGCACUUCAACAAUGCUUUCUUUGCAAGGGUUGGAGGUGUGAGUGUUCUUGAAUUGAAUCGCCUUGAGCUUGAAUUCUUGUUUCGCCUGGAUUUUAAAUUAUCUGUCACGAUCAGCGUGUUCGAGAGCUACUGUACUUUUCUUGAAAGGGAUAUAUCUGCUCUUGAGAAGAGGCCGGAAAGGAUAGAACGAAGCUUGCCUGCUUUUGCCAGUGCUCCUGUAAGUGCUCACGUCAGUGCUCCAGGAACUCCUCGAGGCAGUGCGCCUCCGACUCCUAAAGAGACGUCGCCGAGGUCAAAGAAGAGAAUACCCCCCGGGCUUCCUGUAUCGUAUGCUGGCAGGAAACAGACCGCAUUACAUUACCAGCAACAACCUGUACCUCAUUACUUUGUCAGAGAUUCUUCACCUAGUCGUUGAUGGAGCUUCUUACUCGCCACUCACGUUGUAUUGACUUCACGAAAAGCUUAGGUUGGUAGCGCAGCUGCUUCUAAUUAACAUAAAGAUUGGCUCAGUUUAACGAUUUGCUUAGCAAGAUCAGUCAGUGUGGCAGCCGAAUGCCACCAGCUUUUUUCAGGAAGUUUUGCCAAGCAGAGAUAGAGCAUGGUGCAGGCUAUGCAAGUUGUACAUGCGAAGACAGAGUUGGCAUUUCAGUUAGGUUGUGCUGGUAUCUUCAUCAAAGCAGCGCCUCCUCACCAAACAGGAAAGAAACUGGAUUACACUUCUGUUGAGUUGAAGACGUGGGUGCAGGGCCGGAAUUAGUAUCUCAAGGUGGUAGAGUGCUGAGCGUUGCAACAUCCUUGCAAGUUUGAGCGAAUGCGUGAAGAAGCUUGUGAAGCUGUCAGUAUUCAACCCCACUGCUUUUCAUGAAACUCUUGAGAAGUAGGCUCAGAGCUGCACAGCUGAAUUUCAUAUCUCUGGGGUACUGUUUUUGAUGUGUUCUAGUCUGCAGAAAAGGUGUUGAGAAGUCAUGGUGUACAUCUCCCAACCGUCCAGAUAGUAACUUGCCGUUAGUAGGUAGUUCUCCUCAUAUUUCUUAAUCGCUUUCAGGUAUUUGCAUGCACAACAGCGAUUCUUAACGUACUCCAAGUGGAGAAAAUGUAGAGAAAUAUAUUUGUGAAAUGUACACAUGUGACGACUGUGCCACACAAUUAGGUGUCAGUUGAGUUAUUUUUCAUCUA